AUGAUUGUUAGGUAUCGAGCUCCGGAAGUCCUCCUUCGCUCCACUUCAUAUUCUUCUCCAAUAGAUCUAUGGGCUGUGGGCACUAUCAUGGCUGAACUAUUUACUUUAAAACCAUUAUUCCCUGGACAAAGCGAAAUUGACCAAUUAUUCAAAAUUUCUGAAGUAUUGGGUAGUCCUUGCAUUCGGCCAGAACUUUCAGAUAGUGCUGGAGGUGGUGAAUGGAAAGAUGGCGUAAA